AUGGGGUCGUCCAAAAGUAAAUCUCCGAGCAAACAGUUCGUCUUCCACGGUGGCACGACGCCAAUGGCUACGUCGACGGGGACAGCGACAUCCGGUCGAAACAAGUCCCGGGGUCAACAGCAACAGCAGCAGCCGCAGCAGUCCGAUUUCAAGACCCGCAAACCACGCGAGGGUAAAGCCGGUAGCCAAGAUCCCGGAUUCAGUUCGCAACAGCAGAAAACCAUUAUCGAGCAUCUUUUGAUCACGAAAAAUUCUGCUUCUCACAAGAAUUAUUCGCAUGUUCCUUGCAAAUUUUUCCGGCAAGGUACGUGCCAGGCUGGUGACUCGUGUCCGUUUUCGCAUUCUUUGAAUGUGUCGACUGCGGACCAGACGCCCUGUAAGUAUUUCCGUCGUGGGAACUGUCGUUUUGGCAGUAAAUGUGCCAACGCACAUAUCUUGCCAGACGGAACUCGUGUGAACCCACCGAAACAGAUGUACCAUCACCAUGCUCCCCGUGCGGGUGACGCUGGUACCGCUGCAUCGGUACCCAUUCCCUUGACCCCAACGGCUCCUCCAAGACAUGUUUACCCCAGCAAUUACCAUCAAAUCGCGACGCCCAGCUACCAAAACUCUCUAGAAAGCCCCUUUGUGCCCCUCGCUUCUGCGCGCGUCACUUCCGGGUCUAGGAAUUUUUCCGCAGGCUCGGAUCUGCCCUUAGCAGACCAUUUCAGUGGAACCUGGAACGAUAUGGACUCAGAACAUGCGAUCGACGACUGCGACGGCGAGGAAUUUUUACCAGGUGAGUUGUCGGAGUUGCUUACCCCAUCAGAACUCAAACGUCGUCAUUCUAGGUCUUCUUUCACUGGUAAGUUUGGCGGAUUUGGAGAAAACGGAAGUCUGCCUUCUACGUCUAGCACUUUAUUGGGAUCAAUGGCAGAUUCCUACUUGGCACCUGCUCCUUUGCCUAGUGCGUCACAACAGCGUACCGCUUCGGGAGUCUCGUACGCGUCCACCAACUACUCUCCUACCAACGCGCAAGUUUUCACAUUGCCAACUUUGAAUUACACGUACCAACAGGAACAGCGAGAUAUCAUGAACGGGGCGAUGUGGACCACGGACCCGGCAACGACAGCGUCUACACAGGUACAGAAAACGACCCAGCGGGCUUUGUUCAGGCUCGAGGAGGAUUUGCAGAAUUUGAAACUUCUGGACGACAACAGGGGGGGUUCUGAUCCAGCAGAUAUCGCGGCUGCCGCCGCGCUUACGGGAUACCAAGUCGACGAUGCUGGCCAUCACGACACACAAUUCAUAUUAGACGAUCUCCAGGGGGAGAUCUGGUAG